AUGCGAAAGGAAGAAAAACAUCGCGUACUGAAAAUGAGAAUUCGUCGCACGAAGGCGAACGCCCGCGAAAGGGAUAGAAUGCACGGGCUGAACGCCGCUCUGGACCGGUUGAGAUGUCACGUGCCAAUUCAGCAAACGACCACAGACCUACACUCGACACCCCAGAAGUUAUCCAAAAUUGAAACUCUGCGCCUUGCCAGAAACUACAUACGCGCAAUGUUGCUCACCUUGGAGGAGGGUGAACCGAUGUCCUCGCAGAGAUUUGUUAAAAUUCUCAGCAAAGAGCUCAGUCAAACCACUGCUAACUUAUUAUCGGCGGCACUAAUGGGGAAUACGAAUAGGCAAACAUACUACACUAACUUAUACUUCGAUACACCAAAUGAGAGUUACUAUAAGUCGUACGUGGACUCGUCGAAUCGGACAAUCGAGGAUAGUUGCGCGUACAAUUAUUCAUCUUACAAAACGCAUUUUGAUACAAUUGCACCAGCUGCAGACGGCAUGCAUUAUUGGGGCGACAAUUAUUUUACAAAUGAAGUAGUGUCUAGUUAUCAGAAGAAUUGUAUCUACGCCAGCUAUGGUUCGAAAACUCUUCCCAUUCAUUAUUAAGCUGAUGCCAAACUAAGUUGUUCUGUUUUAUAAUUUGGGUAACAAGUAUAAUGGGCGAUUAAAAAUGUGUCGCUGCCAAGUCGCCUUUGAAAGUUCAAUUACCAUCUAAACAAAAAUUCCAAAGGUGACUCGACAGCAACUCAUUUUUGA